GAAUCUAAUCAAGUGGAAAGUAUAUGCUCAGGACGUUUUCAGGACAAAAACAACUGCAGCUUGUGAAAUUCAUUCUUGAAGUAGCGCAAGUAACAAAAUGUUGAGAGUUGCAGUGCUUAAUCUAUUGGUGGCAGCAAGUUUGGGGUAUUUUCUUCCACGAGAAAACUACCCUAACCAUCGACAACUAUAUGAAGAUUAUCGCAGAAGGGAACCACAAUUAACAAGGUCUGAUAACUUUAGGCACCCUUUCUACAACUUUGAAGAAUAUAAACAGGACCCUAAUCCCAGAGGAUACCAAUAUGAAAUCCCGUUCAAAACGAAUGAAAACGCUGAUCCUUCUCUCCGCCGACAUCCAUUCUUAUAUAAAGAAGACAUAGAAACACCGGUCAGAAAGGACGAACUUGUCAGAAAAUUCAACGCCGCAGCUGACAAGAAGGACGAGCCUGUACCUGUGAAACAAGACGAGCCUGUACCUGUGAAACAAGACGAGUCCGCUCCCGUCAAGAAAGACGAGUCCGCUCCCGUCAAGAAAGACGAGCCGGCACCCGUCAAGAAAGACGAGCCGGCACCAGUCAAGAAAGACGAGCCCUCACCCGUCAAGAAAGACGAGCCCGCACCUGUCAAGAAAGACGAGCCGGCACCCGUCAAGAAAGACGAGCCGGCACCCGUCAAGAAAGACGAGCCGGCACCCGUCAAGAAAGACGAGCCGGAACCCGUCAAGAAAGACGAGCCGGAACCCGUCAAGAAAGAUGCACCUAUCAGGAGGGGUGAACUCAUACCCCCUCCGGGAGACGCGUCUCUCCCUUUCAGAAGUCAAUAUCGACAACAUGGAGAUGUACCUGCCUCUUUCAGGAGACAAUAUCGCCAACAAAACUAUAAAUAUGACGAUUUUAUUAGACCCCCUCAGGGAGACGCGUCUCUCCCUUUCAGAAGUCAAUAUCGACAACAUGGAGAUGUACCUGCCUCUUUCAGGAGACAAUAUCGCCAACAAAACUAUAAAUAUGACGAUUUUAUUAGGCACCAAUAUGCUUACCAAGAUUACAGACGACUUCCACAAUUUGCAAACUCGGAAGACAACAGUCGCUCGCGUUACGAUUCUAAACGAUACUUACCUGAAAUUAAGGAUGCACCAGCCAAGGAAGAUGCACCAGCCAAGGAAGAUGCACCAGCCAAGGAAGAUGCACCAGCCAAGGAAGAUGCACCAGCCAAGGAAGAUGCACCAGCCAAGGAAGAUGCACCAGCCAAGGAAGAUGCAACAGCCAAGGAAGAUGCACCAGCCAAGGAAGAUGCACCAGCCAAGGAAGAUGCACCAGCCAAGGGAGAUGCACCAGCCAAGGGAGAUGCACCAGCCAAUGAGGUAGCGGCAAAGAAAGAUACACCUGUAAAGGAUGAACCAUCAAAAAAAGGCGAAGGAGAAUCUACGUAUGUCAAUCUUUUUAGUGACAGUAAAGAAGAUGUUACUCCUGAAGUUAACCUGUUAAAAGAAGAAAAAAAAAAAGAAGUUGUGUUACCAAAGCGCUUAGCACACACUGAAGACGCUCAGAAAAGAAGGAUGAACAACGAUGAUGAAAUUUCAAAAGAUGUGAUAAGUUUAGGAAAACUUUUUAAAGAUAAAGAACGAGACACAAAACAACAUGAAGCAAGAAAGUAUAACACACUGGCUGACAAUCGCCGACUCCCUGCGUCACAUGAUCAAGAUGCUGACACACAGCGUCGUACUGGUGCAAUCUUAAGACGUCCUUUUGAACGUGACGCAAGGAAUGACAUGCGAAGAUUUUAUCGCUUACCUAGUCGAGAUUUUAUCCGACAAAACAGUCCUUUCUCUCAACGCACGUAUGAUAGUGACACUAGAAAUGACAUGCGACGAUUCUAUCGCCUACCUAGCCGGGACGCCAUCCGCCAAAAAUAUUAACGUAGAAUCAUUCAACAAUACGUAAAUAUUGUCACACCUACUGACUGUAUUUUUUUUUAAUUGUACCUCUUUUAGUUAACUAAAAAGUUUCUUAAAAACAAUGUUAUUUAAAGACUGUAAUAGAUUCACUCGCCAAAUAAAUCGUAGUCCUAAGUUUCAGAACAGCGACACUUAAAA